UUCUAGGCAGAGCUGACUGAUGAAUCGGGACAUCAGGGUAGCAGCAGUGAUUUGGUUUCUGCCAGUGACGGGCUCGUGUGUCUCUUCUCGGAGCACAAAGGGUUAAAUCAGACUGCCUGACUCUGCAGGCUCGAGCCGCCCUCCCUCCAUCAGCCUCGUCCCUCGGCUCCCUUUACUGGGCUUUAACACGGGGCUCUGUAUCAGCGAGGUUGGCGCCUAGCACUUUUUCUCGGGAUAUGUACCAAUAACUCCUAACCGGAUACUCCUCCACAAAGCGAAACAACAAAAACACGCAGGCGAAACUUUGAGGCGCUUAACUGUGUCGAACGCCUGCUGCAUUUGAGUCCAGAUUUCCCAAACUCUCCACCCUGAAAACAAACAUGCGGAGAUGUCGAGAGGAGCACAGCUGCCGAUAGGAUCCCGAGGUUGGGACCUUUAUGUCAAGCAAUGAGAGGAUAACAAAGCUGUAGAUUUUGCUGGAGAUUCCUGACCAUUGCUUCUUGGUGGCACACAUUGCAUCCCAUUUCUUCUCACCACAAACCGUCUUCAUCCUCCCACACACCGUAGUCAUCAUGACGACCUCUUCUUUACGGCGGCAGAUGAAGAACAUUGUGAACAACUACACGGAUGCGGAGAUCAAGGUCAGGGAGGCGACCUCCAACGACCCGUGGGGUCCUCCGACCUCCCUCUUGAUGGAAAUCGCAGACCUGACCUUCAACGUGGUGGCCUUCACCGAGGUCAUGGGCAUCAUCUGGAAGAGGCUCAAUGACCACGGCAAGAACUGGCGGCACGUGUACAAGGCCCUCACUCUGCUGGACUAUCUGAUCAAGUCAGGAUCAGAGCGCGUGGCCCAGCAGUGCAAGGAGAACAUCUACGCCAUCCAGACUCUGCGGGACUUCCAGUACAUCGACCGGGAAGGCCAGGACCAGGGCAUGGGCGUGCGGGAAAAGUCCAAGCAGCUGGUGGCUCUGCUCAGGGACGACGAGCGGCUCAAGCAGGAGAGAUCGCAGGCGCACAAGACCCGUGAGCGUGUGACGGGAACCAGCAGUGCCAUGGCUUAUGGAUCUUUACCACCUCCCUAUCCGGGACGUCACACCGCUCAGCCCAACAUGGAAGCAGUGUAUGGGGAAGAGCACGGCAGGGUGAGGCACUCACCUUCCUCCUUCAACUCCUCCUCUUCCUCUCCUCAUCUGGCCCCAGAUCUGGAGCGCGCCCGGCCGCAGACGAGCGGAGAGGAGGAACUCCAGCUGCAGCUGGCCUUGGCCAUGAGCCGAGAGGAGAGCGAGAAGCCGGUUCCUGCUGUGGAUAUCGAUGAACAGACGCAGCUUCAGAUCGCUAUGAGUCUCAGUAAGGAGGAGGCACACAAGCCAGCUCCUCCUCCUCCUGCAGCUGCUGUUCUGGACAUGGACGAAGAGGCACAGCUACAGCUGGCCCUCACUCUCAGUAAAGAGGAACAUCAGCAGGAGGAGCGAAGCCGGAAGGGAGACGAGUCGUUGCUCCAGAAAGCACUUGAAGAGAGCAAACGAGAAUUGGAGGCCAAAGGAGGAAGAUCGGCCAUGCUGGAUCUUGCAGAUAUUUUUGCUCCAGCUCCUGAUGUGCCCUCUGCUGCCGAUACUUGGGAUUCGUCCGGAGGCCAAAGUGGCUUAGCCCAGGCUGGUCCUCUGAGGUCUGACCCCUGGGAUAGUCUGGGAGAACCCAGCUCUUUAAGCCGUCAGCAUGGAAGCCCGUGGAUGGCACCGCCGGCAUCCAGUGUUCGUUCCCAGCCUUGGCCUCAGCGACAGCCAAAUCCUGACCCAUGGGACGCCCCUCAGAACGCCCCGAUCCCUGUGUCCAUGAAUCAGACCUGGAUGUCCCCUGCACCUGGAACUGGAGUGGACCCCUUUUCUCCCCUAGUAGCAGACAAACAAGGAUCUAUUGGCCCUCUCAAAACCCCUUCCCCUCGGGCAGGAAGUCCCUCAGAUGACAAUCUUUUUGACGAGGCUAUGGAUGGAGGUCAGGCAAAUAUAAAUGGUCACAGUAGUCCUGAGCAUUUUGAUAUGUCUUUCCUUGGCCGCGGUCUACCAAAAACAGCUCCUCGAACCUGCAGUACUCCCGAGGCAUUUCUGGGCCCCACCGGAGCUUCACUCGUCAACCUGGAUUCUUUGAUUCCCUCCAACCCUCCUUCCAAGAACUUCAACCCGUUUUUAUCAGGAAUAACUGCUCCAUCGGCCUCUAAUCCAUUCCAACAGGAACCGGCCCGUCUAACACUAAAUCAGAUGCGCCCCAGCUCCACAUCUCCUGUUCCCACAUCCCUCCCAUUUAAUGCCUCUCUGCCCAUGGCUUCCAGCAACCAGCCCAGCUCCCUGCCUACUACCUUCACACAGUCUGCGCAGGUCCCGCCGCUGGUCCCCGGACACCUGCCGCAGCCGCUGCUACCCCUGUCUAUGACAUCCACGCGUGGAGAUCCAGACCAACACAAUCAGAACCCGUUCCUAUGAGCAGACCCAAACAAGCUUUUAAAAUGACAAUUUAACCACCGACUUGACUUAAAACUGGAACACAUUUUUGCAUAUCUUUGCUUAUUUCACAGUUUUCCUGGUUUUGCUCUAUGCAGUCACUCGUAAGAGGCGUUCACACAUAUAGUGGUUUCCAGUGACAAAAAUCUGUCAUUUUCAACAAUGGUUACAAAUGAUGAAGCGAUGUGGCCAUAUACUGUGAUGUGACAAAGUUGAGAAAAGUUCAGUAUUAUGCAAAUAAGCGGUCAUGUAAUGUGGAGACCAGCAGACACUGGUGCACAUGUGAUCCAUCUUCUGUGAGAUACUGUAGUGAGAUUCAAUAAGAUGUAGAAACUGCUUAAAGUCCAGACCCACCAAACUGACAUUGAAGAACUAGUGGCAAAAAAACAACAACAGCAAAAAAAAAAACACAAUUCCUUUUGUUAAGUCCUAGACGCACCAAGCCAAUGCCAAAGAACUAGCAGUGAAAACCAACUGUGUUGACGUCUGUGUUGUGCUUGAACUUAUUAUGAAGUAUCUCCACACCAGCAGGAGUCAGUAGUCUGUAUUUAUCAUUCAAAGAAAAAAAAAACUGGAAGAGCUACUGCUGUUAAUGUACAAACCUUAAACAAAGGCUACUGUAUGUGCCCUCCUAACUUUGUCGUUUGCUUGCCUUCAUCACAUUAGUUUUUAUCUCAUGCAUUUCAUAACGCGCAAAUGCCCAAAAUCCGUCAACGCCAGAAAUUAAAUUUAAACAUAAAUGUAUAUAUCGUAAUAUACACAAAUAUAUUAAAUUCUUACAUUGUGAAAUGUGUUAAUUUGAAAAUUAAAGGGAUAGGUUAAGGUUAAUUUCUCACCUUAAUGUCGUUCCGAACCUGUAAGACCUUCGUCCAUCUUCAGAACACAAAUUAAGAUAUUUUUAAUGAAAUCCGACAGCUUUCUGACCUUCCCAUAAACAGUAACACAACUGACACGUUCAAGACCCAGGAAGGUAGUAAGGACAUUGUUAAAAUAGUAACUCCCGUAUGAAGCUACGAGAAACCUUUUUGUGCACAACAGUAAUAAAAAAACAGUAAUAACAACUUUAUUAAAAAACAUCUUAACUUGUGUUCUGAGGAUGAACAAAUUUCUUACAGGUUUGGAAUGACAAGAGGGUGAGUAAUCAAUGACAGGAUUUUCCAUUUUUGGGUGAACUAUUCUGUUAAUUUCAGCUGUAUAGUAGCUUUACAACAGUGCCUCCAUUGUUCAGCGACAUUUAAUUAAAUGUUGAUUCAAUGAUAUCGCAAAAAAGAAAAAAAAGAAAAGAAAAAGCCAACAGACACUCAUUGAUGACCUGACAUUGGGCAAUGGCUUGGUGUGUCACAGAUAUACUUCAAAUCGGAAUCAAAAGACAAACUGGUGUCAUUUUAAACAAAAUCAGGACCAAAAACCAGUUAGAAAAAACACAUUUAAACUUACAUUAGUUCAUGGCAAUUACGUAAUAAGUGGCUCCGCCGUCGCUGACAUGGAUAUCUUCUCUGGUUCAUCUCUUCUGCUCAGUCCAUCAAGGUCAGACGUCCAUUGCUAAAAAAAAUCACUAACACACUGGAGAUCUGCGUUAUAGUAAAAAAUGAGUUGAAAGCGUGAAACAAAUAUUUACAUAUUCAUCUGAACGCACUCAAAGCAUGGUUGGCAUUUAGCAUGUUCCCUAACUCAGGUAUUUCAAAUGUCUUUUUAAGAGAAGAAGGAAAAAUACCUUCGAUGUGAGUAUAUCAAAGGCCUUUAAAGGGUUUAAACACUUUACUGAUCCUACGUCUCAUUUGUAAUCAGAUUUUCUAAAGAUUUGGCCAGUUGUUCAGCCCACCAAUAACCUCCAGCAAUAAGAACAUCCACAGCGACCGCCAAUACAUCCACUCGACGACCUCCGGUCAUAAAAUCACUGUAUGUGUGAACGCCCUUGACCUGUAGUCAUAUGUUUGAAUGUCAACUAUGCAUUACAUGGCAAUACAGAUCGAUGUCGGCUUUAUAAGAAAUGACAAAUACAUUGCACAAUUUAAAGGUUAAGAAUAUUUAAUCCAACUCCAACAGCAUCAGUGUCGCCUUUUACGUAUUAUAAUAGUUUUUGAAAAUGAUAACACACUUGUUACUCGUACCAUAAAACCCAGUACAUAACCAAGCACAAGUCCAAAGCCUCUCAUACAGUUUCAUCAUAUUCUCUGAUUUCUUGAACCAAUUUCUAGCCUUGCUUUAGUGUCCAUUUGUUGGUCUGGAGUGUCUGAUGACUUUCAGUGAUGUCCUUUUAUUUUCUUGACUGGUAUCUGUGAAAUCCUGAUGGGUCACCGACACCAGAAUGACAGAUAAAAGCGACUUAGAUUUUAUGGCCAAUAAUUUAAGCAGUAAAAUGUAAAGUAUAAAUAAUGAUUUUUUAAUAUUGGGCAGUGACUGUUGAAUGAAUAGACUUCCAGCAAGAGAAUGUACUUCCCGUGGUGUUCAGACUGAACUGAUGCCACAUACUAACAGAAUGUAAUAAUGUGAGACUGUUGCACAUGUUGCUCAUCAAAUACAAGGAUGAAGAUGAGAAUGAA